AUGGAUGACGAGCAACAACAAAAAAUACAACAAGAAUUCACUGGUGUUGACUAUGAAGAAGCACGUAAUUUGCUAGCGAGGAACAGCAACGAUCCGCAAAUGGCGAUACGGGCAUUCCUCGAUGAGCGUGAGCCUGAAUUAGAAAGAAGUGUUGGUGAAUUGCGCUAUCGCGGACAAAUAGGUCAACCCUCGACUAGUAAUGAUGAUGAAACCGUUAAUCGCGAUGCUAAUACUAGGCCAGUUUUGCCAGUAUAUCACUCUGUUAUCUUAUUUCUCGCACGCCUAGUCUCGUUUCCGGUGAGACUGCCAAUUUUCUUCUUCUCUCUGAUUUACGGGUUCUUUUUCGGGAGAAGUGUAACAAACCGAGUAUUGUUCCGUGAUCAUGUUAUGCAAAAAUAUCCAAUCGCUGCAAUGGAGUUGGACAAUUGGUACACCGGCAACACGUCUGAAAUUAUCGAUACUGUCCAAAAUACAGGCGCGCGGUUUUUAGUUGUUUACAUUCAUAAUCCAAAAAAUUCGGAUCAUGAGGAGCUUCUAAAAGUUCUUCUUAAUACACAAAUGGGAGAAUAUAUUAGUGAGAAGAGAGGCCUUCUAGCUGGAAUUAUGAUCGACGAUCCAUACGCUUUUCAUUAUGCUGGAAGUGGCUACUAUGAGCGUUGGCAUGCGUUCACAAUCUACCUCAAAAAAGAUACCGCUAAUGUCAUCGAAAUGAAGUCACUUGUUAAACGUUAUUCCGAUCCAGAGGAGACUGUGCGUUGCUUGAAGCGCGACAUUGAUGCGAUUCUCAGCGAAAUGAAUUCGGCUGCGUUGAGGAGACGUCAAGCGGAAGAGAAUCGAAGAUUGAUGGAGGAGCAGAAUCGACAAUAUCAGGAAAGUGUUCGACUUGAUCGCGAGCGUAUGCAAAAGCAGAAAGAGGAGCGUGAGGCAAAGGAGCGGGCUGCUCGCGAAGCCGAGGAAAAGCAACGGCUCAGCGAUGAACGUGUCGCGAAAAUCAAGUCGUUCCGCGAGAAUCUUGAAGAUAAAGGACCGAGCACUGGAAGCCAUCAAUACCAGCUUCGCUUUCCAAGUGGAAACCCGCUAAAGCUUAAAUUCCAUAAGAGUGAUCGUGUCGAGUCGAUAUUUGAAGCUGCGAUCAAGUCGCCAGAUUGCCCAAUCUUCUUCCAGGUUCAUACAAUAAUGCCGAAGAAUGAUAUUCCGUGCUUGCCGGAUUGGUACUAUGAUAUUUUGGUCGACGAGGAGAAGGAGCCUGAAGAAGGAUGGCGGCUGAAGGAUGUGACUUUCGAAGAAGCGGGUGUCGAGCCAGGAUCGACAAUCUACGUUGAUAGUCUUUGA